GCCACACCCCUUGGUCGGACCCCACUUCCGCUCCUGCGCGCUGAGGCUCCGGCGGACCUCUGGUGGACAUGGCUGCUUCCCGCUUACCCCCAGCGACACUAACGUUAAAGCAGUUCGUAAGAAGGCAACAAGUUCUUCUCCUCUACAGAAGGAUUUUGCAAACAAUUCGGCAAGUUCCAAAUGAUUCUGAUCGCAAAUACCUGAAAGAUUGGGCAAGAGAAGAAUUCAAAAGAAACAAAAGUGCCACCGAAGAGGAUACAAUCCGGAUGAUGAUUACUCAAGGCAAUAUGCAGCUCAAGGAGUUAGAAAAAACACUUGCUUUAGCAAAAUCUUAACUAUAGCAUUAUUCUGAAGGAUUUUCAAAGUCUCCAUGUGUUUUGUUGCAUUUAGGAUUAACAAUGGACAACACAAAGCCCAGUCUUACUAUUUAUAUGUACAGUAUUUGGUGAUAGAGAGCAAAGGAAAAACACAUCAGAACAGUUGCCUUAACACUGAAAAAUAUACCCUGCAUUUUGAAAAUGUUUAUGGAUGUCUCAGCAGUUUUUAAAAGAAGAAAAAAACCACUAACAAAUGGCCAGUAGAUGCUGGACACAAUCAUUAGGGAAGUGUAAAUCAAAACUACUAUGAGGUCGGGUGUAGUGGCUCAUGCUUGUAAUCCCAGUACUUUAGGAGGCUGAGGUAGGUGGAUCACUUGAGGUCAGGAGUUCAAGACCAGCCUGGCCAACAUGGUGAAACCUCAUCUCUACUAAAAAUACAAAAAUUAGCUUGGUGUGGUGGUGCAUGCCUGUAGUCCCAGCUACUUGGGAGGCUGAGGCAGGAGAAUCACUUGAACCCAGGAAGUGGAGGUUGCAGUGAGCUGAGGUUGUGCCACUGCACUUCAGCCUGGGUGACAGAGUGAGACAGUCUCUAAAAAAAAAAAAAAAACAAAA